AUGCCUGCACCCCGUCGGCGGAGAGGAUCUUAUGGAAGCAUUCAAGAUUCGGAUAGUGAUGGUGGAAGAGAUGACGUUGAUAGCUAUGGCUACGAUUCCCAAGAACAGUUUCUGUUUCAGGACGAGCCAAAACUGCCGUGGAAGACUAUAUAUUUUGUAAUAUUUUUCCUAAUUAUGGGAAUGAUUUGCAUGACAACAGCUGGACUCCUUUUUCUGGAAAUUUUAGACCAAACCCACGUUGACCGUGCGUCUCCAUUACUUAUUCUUGGCUCUCUAUUGUUGAUCCCAGGUGGCUAUUACAGUUAUAUUCUGACGUCAAUCUUGAUGAAACGCGAAGGUUUCUCAUGGGAAGACAUUCCAGAGAUUUGA